GGCCUUGUCUCUUUAUAAUCAUCUGCAAUUCCAACUUCUCUUUAACCAUUCAUUCAAUCAAUCUUCUCUCUUUCUCUUCCCUCAGAACAAGAAAAAUAGGAGACUUGAAAGGAUUAUCAAAGGCAAAAAUGAUGGCUCUUGAAGAACUAUAUUCGGGAAUUCCAGAUGAUUCAGUUAACCUUACAUUUCAAGAUCUUGCAGCUGUAAAACAAAGUUCAAAUUCACCAGAAAAAAAGAAAUCCAUAGCCAAUAAUAUGGAAACCAUUCAAGAAGCCGAAUCUACCAAACCCUCUUCUUUCAAAAAAUUGCCUAGCCUCGACUUCAAUCGAGGUUUUCAAGAAACCAAGAAUCACCGCCACCAUGAUGUGGGAAGCAUGCAUAUAUCAUCACAUGGUCAUCAUCAUGGAUAUGCUUAUGCUGAUCAUCCAAGCCAUCAUCAUGGGCAUGCAGAGUUUAGUAGAGGAUAUGAUGAUGAUAUGAGUAUUAUGAGCAUGAACUCCAUGUACCAAGAUAGAGGUGGAAGAACUCGCCGGCCGGGGAUUCCUCACUCUAAUAUAUGCACUGUUUGCUCUACUUACAUCUAUAUUUUCAGGCAUCGUUGCUUGGUUUGUGGAAGGGUGUAUUGCAGGAACUGCGUGAGCAUAGGAAUGGGAGAGAUGACAGAAGGAAGAAAAUGCAUUCAAUGUUUGGGAAGAAGAUUUAGCCAAAGGUAA